UCCUCCCACACACACGUUGUCACACCCCGAGAUAUAAACUCUGGAGAGCUCACCUUUUGAUUCAUUGAGACUUCACUCAGACACAGCCCGGGACCAGAAAACAGGAUGUUCUCAGAGCACGAGUGCGGGAUUUGUUACCGGAGCUACAACGCAGGCCGUCGGUGUCCCCGGGAACUCCACUGCAAACACAGCUUCUGUGAGAGCUGCCUGCUCCUGCUGGCCCUUUCACGACCCCAGGGACCCGAUGGGGCCGACACACUCAUCGUCUGCCCGCUGUGCCGACACACCACAUCCAUCUCCGGGGAGGGGAGGGUGAGAGCCGAGCUGAGGGUGGACGAGUGCGUCCUGGAGCGGCUUCUAGUCUCGGGAGUCCUCGACAAGGAGGAGGAGGAGGAGGAGGAGGACCCGGUCGGUGACGUUCAAGACUGCUGUGACGACACCGAGGAGCCGACGCUUCCCGAGACUCCAGCCGAGGAGAGCGACUUCUCCACGGGCUCCAGAGGCGGGAGGCUCCGGCGGUCUUGUCGGAAAGUUUGGCGGAUGGUUAGCGGGAAGGGCUCACAGCGGGGGGCCGGAGAAAACUGUAUGACCAAUGACGACUUCAGGGCCAUCGCCAUGAUGGCCAGCUACAUGUUUUAAAGAGUCCACCACUUCAGAUACCCGGCCUAAUGUGAUACUAUUUGAAUGGUUCUCCUUUGCAAUAUGGACUUGUGAUUAUGAUGGUGAUAAAACUAUGCUGGCAAGAUGCAUUCAUCAAUGAUUUAAAUUCAGCUUUUCUACUUUCUGAAUGCAUGUUUAAAUGACGACCACUAUGAUGCUGUUGCAGUGAAAUGAGGAAAAAACUUGUGAAUGGCACUAAUGUAUAUGAUAAUGUAUAUAUUUAUUUUCAUUAAUGUAUUUAAUUUGGAAAUAUUGUUACAUAUUUAAGGAAAAUUAAACUGUUCUGGUUUCAA